AUGCCGACAACUUUAAAUUGCGAAAAUGAUUUAAUUUUGGAAUCACGAAGCUCACUCAGGCAAUUAGCAUUUCAGAAUGUAAUUUACAAAACAACUAGAAAGCAUCCAUCACUUUCAACGAUUUCAACAACAGUUUCACCUGCGUCAAAUACUUACACUGAUAAAGCCAAUCAAUCAACAUCUCCAAGUGCUAUUUUCAGAUCAUGGUCAACAAUCGCUUCAUCAACAUCAACAUCAACACAUGAAAAUGGAAAUACAAAAGAUAUGGUUAAGCAAGAUAAUAUUUCAUCAUGGAUAUCAACAAGAGGAUUUAAUCCAAAAACUUUUAAUUGCAAACCACCAUACGCACGAUUUUUUGUAAUCAAAUCUUAUACGGAAGAUGAAGUUUAUAAAUCGAUAAAAUAUGAAAUUUGGACCAGUACAGAAGUCGGUAAUCGCCGUUUGGAUAAGGCUUUUCGUGAUAACGCAGAUAAAGGUCCAAUUUAUUUGUUUUUUAGUGUUAAUGCUAGUGGACAUUUCUGUGGCAUGGCGGAAAUGCUUACUCCUGUAGAUUAUGCAAGUUCUUCUUCUGUUUUGGCAAGAAAUAAAGGGUUUGGUGUGUUUAAAGUUAAAUGGAUUUUCGCCAAAGAUAUUCCAAAUGGCCAGCUGAGACAUAUUAGAAUAGUAAAUAACGAAAAUAAACCUGUUACUAAUAGUCGUGAUACUCAGGAACUUUAUUCAGAACCUGGUCGCGAAAUGUUGAAAAUAUUUUUUGAUUAUCGUAGCAAAACUUCAAUACUAGAUGAUUCUAAAUUUUAUGAUAAACGUCAAGCAGAAAUGCAAAGAUUGAUUGCACAGCAGAGACCAGCGAGUCCCGAAGUAGUGAUUCUAAAUCCUUAG